CCUCAAGAGCUGCCACACUCCCCACAUCUACCAUUCCCCACCCAAAAAAGAAAAAAAGAGGGAAAAAAAAAGGGAAAAAAAAGGGUUUUCUCAACAGCCACCAGAGUCCCCACAAAAGCUCCUCUCCUUUUCAUCUACCCUUCCUUUAUUCCCCCCUACAAUAUUUUUUUUUUUUCCUCCCACACCCCUAUAAUGAACUCUCUACUAUAUACACUCCCCCUCUUCAAAGGAGUCCUCUCUACUCACUUAACCAUCCCCUCCUCUCUAUCCUCCUCCAUUCCCUACCUCAAACACUCCUCUUGAACAAGCACAAGCAACCACCAUGAAAAGUGCUUCUCUGGAGCUGGAGCUCCCCCUGAAAGAGGAAGCAGAUGGGUUGGCAGAGAAGAAGCAGAAGCACCUGGAGCUGAGGCUUGGCAUAUCUUCUUCAGAUGGGAUUGAGGGUGGUGGUGAAUUGACAAGGUUUAUGGGCCACCAGGAUGUGGGCUUGGCCCAGCAGAGGGUUGUCAGUAUUGGGCUGGGCCAUGGAGGGUCUAAGAGGUGCUUCUCCCAGACUGGGAGUGGGUUUGUGCACCCUUGGAGCCUGGCUGCCAGGCAGCAGAAAGCUGCUCUGGAACAAGCCCAGAGAAGCCCCAGCAGCACUUCUCACAUCCCAAGGGCAAUGCAUCCGCCUCCUCCGGUUGUCGGUUGGCCUCCGGUCGGCACUUUCCGAAAGAACUUGGGAUCUUCUAACCUUUCAAAGCCCACAAGUGCAGAAAAGGACGAAGAAGCGGCAAAGAGUACUGAGUUAGAGAACAUUGGCCAGAAACCUGAGACAAAGUCGACGAUGUUUGUAAAGGUGAAUAUGGAAGGGUAUGCAGUUGGUAGGAAGAUCAACUUGAAGGCGUACGACAGCUACAACUCCCUUUCGUGCGCUCUCCAGAAAAUGUUCCAUAACUUCUUGUCCACUGAUUGUGUGAAUAACUCGAAACAAGACGAAAAAGCUGAGACCAUUCCUGCUAACUAUAUUCUCCUCUACGAAGACAACGAAGGAGAUCGAAUGCUAGUGGGCGACGUUCCUUGGGAGUUGUUCAUCACUUCAGUGAAGAGGCUGUACAUCACACUAGAUCCCAAAGUGCGUAAAUGCGGUUGAUUAAGAAUCAGUGAGAGGAACAUCUAAGCGGCUCAGCAUUAUGCGACGAAGCGAUUGAAGAGAGGGAAGAUACUUCCAUAUAAAUAGUAGAUAGAGUUUGAGUUGUGUUACUAUAAGUAUUUUUGAUCUUGUGAUGUAUGGUUUUGUUAAUUAAGGACACAUAACAAAUGACUCUAAUGUGAGAGUUUUGCUUAUAAUAUCAUCAUAAUCAUCAUCAUCAUACUGUAGCUUAUACUGUUAAUCCUAUAAAUCAUCCCAGCAAUGAGUGAUGUUUGUAUGCAAAGUUCAUGUCUAAUGGCAAAAACGAUGCAGAUUAAAUGC